UUGAUUUAUGCGAUCAGCCCUUAAAAGGAGGCGGUUUCUAACGUCAACCAACGCUGUGAUUGGUUGUUGCGGUUUUGCUAGGAUAUGUGGGCGGGGCUUGUCUGAACAUCAACAAAAGAGAGGAAAGAGAAAGGAGGAGUAGAAAAGAGGAGAGACGACUGGAAGGAAUAAACGACAACAAACGACAGAUAUGUGGCUUUAACCAACAAUAACAGUGUCUGAACUGUGGUGGCAAAACAAAGCGUGAACAUGGAUGCCGUGCGGCUGAUGAAGGAGCUGAGGGUGAAUUAUGAGCAGGAGGUGGAUUUCCUGCCCAGAGAGGCGGGCCUGGACCUCAUCGUUUCUGCCCAGCAGAGCGGCGGCCAGAUCACAGCCAGGAGCCGGGAUGUGACCGUCGAGGAUCUGUGGAGCCUGACCAGCUUCUUCGGCUACAGCACCCAGAGCUUCGUCCAGGCCGUCAGCCUGCUGGACAGAUUCCUGGCCAUGAUGAGGGUCCAGCCCAAACACCUGUCCUGCGUCAGCCUCAGCUGCCUCCACCUGGCGGCCAGAGUGACGGAGGAGGAGUGCGACCUGACGCCGGCCGACGAGCUCAUCCGCAUCGGCCAGUGCCGCUUCACCGCGUCCGACCUCGGCCGCAUGGAGAAGAUCGUCACCGAGAAGCUGCGCUUCAAAUCCAAAGCCGUGACCGCCUUAACCUUCCUGCAGCUGUACCACCAGAUCACGCUCACGCACGCCACCUACAGGAAGGAGACGCUGAGCCUGGAGAAGCUGGAAGCUCAGCUGAAAGCCUGUCUGUGCCGCAUCGCCUUCUCCAAAGCAAAGCCGUCCGUCCUGGCCCUGGCUCUCCUCAGGCAGGAGAUGAAGAGCCUCCAGUCGGAGGACAUGCUGGAGAUCUCCUUCCACAUCCAGAGACACCUGAAGAUUCCCGACGCGGAGCUGCAGCUGUGGAGCGAGUGGGUGGCCCGCCGCCUGUCGGACUACGCCUCGCCCAAAUGCAGCAAGCCCAACCACCGGAAGCUGCAGUGGAUCGUGUCCCGGCGGACCGCGCAGAACCUGCACAGCCACCGCAGCGUGCCGGAGCUGCCCACCAUCCCAGAGGGCUGCUGGGACGAGAGCGAGAGUGAGGACUCUGGUGAAGACGUGAUGAGCUCAGGAGACGAGUCUCUCUGCAGCUCUCUGGGCAGCGACGCCGAAGGCCCCUUCUUCCCGCUGCACCUCCGCCGCCAGUACCUCGCCGCCUGAAGGCUCCGCCCCCUGGCCGUGUCUCCGUCCCCUUCACUUCCUGCCGUCUUCAUUUCACGUUCUGCCGCCGGCGGAGCGGCGCACAACCUCUGGCAGCUGCUAGCUUUAGCUUGUCGCGGCGUCACAUUCCAGGACGCAGCGACUUCCUGGUCAGUUUUGGAGAAACUCUCGGUGCCGAGUCAGCAGACCAGGCUGCAACAAAGACUAUUUGCCAAAACGUUUCCCGUUUGUCCCACAGAAUGUCUGGUUUUCUUUUGACUGUUAUUAACAUGCGACUGUUUUUCUGGAGCGCAGAAGGUUGAAGCAGCAGACGGAGUCGUUUUGCUGCUGCUUUUUCUUUCUCUUUCCAACUUUAAUUUGCACAGUUUUUGUUUUGAAAUGUGUUAGAAGGUGAAAGUGUGUUUAGCGUACAUGUGGACGUGUGAACCUGCUAUGAUGUAGCUUAGCUCAGUUUGAAAGUGAGGAUGUUGUUUCAAACUAAAUAAUGCAGAAUGUGUCAAAAAAAAGUGAAAAAAUGUUUAUAGAAAAACCUGUAAAACUGUAAAUGGUGUACAAAAAAAUUCUGUUAAUAGUUCUGUAGAUAGUGAGUUAUUUAUUCUGUUUUUGUCACAUGUCCUGAACAAGAAAAACUUAUAAAAAACAGGCUAUUUUUAACCCA